CGAAAAAAGAAUAGGGAAUAGAGAGUAAAUAGCCAAUAAGAAGGUGGCACUUGUUCCGUGCAAUACAAGAGUUUGCACAUGUUCGUCACUUUAUUCCGUCGCUGCGCGGAAACACAAACCAAAAAUACAAAAGAGCCAAAAACGAUGGACCAUACACAAACAAACAAAAAUACAAAAGAGCUUUGUGGCGGGCCAUCCACCGACCUUGGAUUCCAUCAUUUUCCUUAUUUGAACGUGGAAUCCUGGAAAGCAAGUCAAUUCCAACACUGUUUUCCCCAUUUCUUUGAAGCUUCCGUUAAAAAAAUUCAAGGUAGUAAGAGAUAAUCCCGUUUUUCUUCAUUCCAUAACUCAUAACACAGAUGAAAUUUGCCAACGGAUGGCUAAAUUCCUGAUCAUAUUAUGCCUCCCGAUGUUUGUACUGGUGGAAGCCAGUGCCAAAGACACCACUUUCAUCUUCAACCACUUCAACUCCACAAGCCCAAUCAAAUAUGUCGCAGCUGCCUCACUACAAUCCACGGCAAUCCUUCUCACAAAUCUCUCCGAGCGCGUCGUUGGCCGCGCUUAUUUUGACAAGGUCGUUCCCAUGAAAAGAAACGGCUCCGUAAUCUCAUUCACCACCACCUUUAUAUUCGCCAUGGUUCCGCAGCGGCGCUCGGGUGGUGGUGAUGGGCUCUGCUUCGUCAUGACGCCCACCACCGAUCUCAACGGCGGCAUCGCCAGUCAGUACUUUGGCCUCCUCAACACCUCCAGUGACGGCAAAGACUACAACCAUCUCUUUGCUGUGGAGUUCGACACGGUUAAGAGCAUAAGCGUCAAGGAAAAUGACAACAACCAUGUCGGAAUCGAUCUCAACAGUGUCAGGUCGGUUGUGGCAGAAGCUGCUGGAAUUUGGGAAGGGAACAGUUUGACGCCCAUUAAUCUUAAGAGUGGGCAUAACAUAAGGGUCUGGAUCGACUAUGACGGCGAUUCGAAGCAGCUGGAGAUAAGCAUUGCGGCGGUCGGAGAGGCGAGGCAACAAAAGGCCCUGCUGUCGAAGAAAGAUUUGGAUUUGGACGGUAUUAUACAAGACCAGAUGUACGUUGGGUUUUCAGCGUCUACAGGUAAUUCCCCUCUAGUUGAAGAUCAUUACAUUUUGGCAUGGAGCUUUGCAACUGAAACGAACAAGACUCCAAAUUUAGAUAUCGUGCAUCUCCCCUCCUUUUAUGUAAAAAGUUGCAAGUUUUACACUAAUGCAAAGUUCGUAUCCACCACUAUACUAGCAACUACAGGGGGAGUGCCUGCAACAGGAGGCCGAUAGGUCUGAUUGUUAAGGCAAUAUGUUAGUAGAUGUAUUAUAGUUGUGAUAUCGAGAAGUAUAUUGUAUUGUAUAACUGAAUAAUAAAAUUUUAUUAAAGUCAAAUAGUUAAUUGUACAACAGGACAAUUUU